GCCGAUUUAAGGUCCAAUAAAGUUUUUUUCCGCUUCCCCUUCUCUUCUCAUUGCUCCCAGCUCCUCAGACCUUAACACCUUCCUCUCCUCUCAUUCGCCUUCUCUCUUUCGCCAUGGCCAUCCCAACUGAUCUCGACACCUUUGACAUCAAGCUGCUCGACCACGGCGUUGCAGUUAUUGCCUUCAACCGUCCCAAAAAGUACAAUGCCCUGAACCCUCAGGUCUACGACCAGUGGGGUAGGGCCUUGGAGUGGGCCCGCAAAUCCGAGGAUGUCCGUGUCGUUGUCUUGACUGGCAAUGGCAAGUAUUAUUCCUCGGGUCAGGAGCUCGCUAUCCCCAGCUCCGAUGAGCUUGAGGAGGCAGGUGGAGCCGACAACGUCUUCAAGAAGCGAUCUGUAUUUACUAUGAAAGUGGUCAGAGAGUUGGUUCACUUUCCCAAGUUGAUUAUCGCUGCUAUCAAUGGCCCGGUGAUCGGAUUCGGUGUUACCUCAACUGCCCUUUGCGACGUCGUUUACUCUGUGCCGGAUGCUACCUUCAACACACCUUUCAUGCAGCUCGGCUUCUGCGCUGAGGCAUGCUCCUCAGUUGUCUUUCCACGCGUCAUGGGCUACUCUCGCGCCAACGAGAUGCUUCUAAUGGGUCGCAAGUUCACGGCAGAGGAGAUGAAGGAGGCUGGUGUCGUGGCGAGAAUCUUCCCCAAGGAGACGUUCAUGGAGGAGGUUCUGAAGCUGGCCACAGCCUCUGCAAAGUUCCCUCCGAAUGCCAUGAAAGAGACUAAGGCUCUGAUCCGCGAUCCCGACUUUGAUUUUCUGGACAAGGUCGCUGAACGUGAGAUGGAGCUCUUGGGUAAAAGAAUGAGCUCGGACGAAUCUGCACAGGCCAUUAUGGAGUUCAUGAUGGCGAAGCACGAUCGCAAGCAGAGCAAGUUGUAGAGAGCACUAUAGAAGAUAUGCUGCCCGCGAGUAAUAAAAGAGGCGCGCCUG